CGUGCGCGUGCGGCUUGACAAUUUGAGCGACCGCGACACAUGUCUACCUCUCUUGCCCAUCUCUCCGCUCUGCUCUGGUGUCUGCCUUCGACCCCCCUUUACCUUUGCAACCGCCCCAUCGCCCGAGUCGCGGGCAUCGCAAAUACCAUCGCCGUCCCCCGAAACCCCCAAUUCCACAUCCUCCCUCCAUCUCGACAUCUCUGCAUCGAUUGCACAUCAUUCUUUGUUGGAUCAACACACCAUGGCGGAGCAAUUCUUUGACCGAGCCGCCGAGCUCGGCAGCGAGGAGGAGGACGAGGACUUUGAUGAGACGGGCGACCAGCGCCCUAGCAAGGCCAACGGUGCAAACGGCCUUGAUGACUCCAGUGAGGAGGAAGACGAUGACGAUGAGGACAGGAUACGAGAGGAAGGUGCUGGCUGGGUCGUGGAUGAAGAAGAGGAGGAGGAGGAGGUCAGCCGUAAGGAGCGCCGCCGUCGCAAGAAGAGAAAGAACCGCGAGGAGGAUGAGGCCCUAGAUGAGGAGGAUUUAGACCUCAUCGGCAUUGAGGUGGAGAACAAGGAUACAUCACAGUCCAAGUACAAACGUCUCAAGCGCGGCCACAAAGAACGUCCGUCCAAAGCUGGCGACAUCAACAACAUCUUCUCCGACGACGAAGACAAUGACGACGAUCUGAACGAGCGCCGAGUUGAUGCCGCAGACGAAUUCAACGAUUUCAUCGAGGAAGACCGUUUUGAGGACGAACUCGAGGACGAGGAUGAUCAUGAGGUUGGACAACCUGGCAUUUCCAACAUCACUCGCCAGAUGAAAGUGUCGGGCUUGGACGAAGGUACAGAUCAAGAUUACCGCGAUGCUUUCGGCGAUGGCACAGACUACGAUUGGGCCAUCGCUCUGCAAGAGGAGGCCGACGCCGAGCAAGAAGGCGAAGGCAAAGAGUUGCAGCUGAAAGAUGUAUUCGAGCCUUCGCAACUGGCUGAACGUCUGUUGACCGACGAAGACAACCAGAUCCGCGAGAUUGAUGUGCCUGAACGAUUGCAGUUGGCCCGCAAGCCGUUCAAGGAAAUCGAGGUCACAGACGAAGCUAUGGAGCAGCGACUGAACGCAGAAGCAAUCUGGGUCAGCAAGCUUAUUUGGCCAAAGAAGGGCAUGGAACCCUACUUCCAGCAACCGUUCCAGAAGGCCGUACGCAAGGUUCUUGAAUUCCUCAACCUCGAAGACUAUGAAGUCCCCUUCAUCUUCAACCACCGAAAGGACUACCUCAUUCAUUCGCCUACCGACGAACAGGAUGACCCCGACGAAAUCGCCCCCCGAGGUGCGGGCCCCAAGCGGCUACUCAACCAGGCGGAUCUUUGGGAGGUUUUCGACCUGGAUUUAAAGUUCAGGGCAUUCAUGGAGAAGAAAGAAGCACUUUCAAUGCAAUACGAGAACCUCAAGAGCCUGUACAACUACAUCGACGACAGAGUCCUGACUGAUCUGGUUGAUCAGGCUGAGACCAUUGAGGAAGUCCAGGAGCUGCAGGAUUAUCUACAUUUCCGCUAUUCGCAGGAGAUGGUCGAUGUGCGUCAAGAACGAGAGAACGGGGUCCAAAAGCGAGCCAACAAUGCCCGCAACUACUUUGACAAGCUGAGGACCGGCAGAGCAGACCGACUCGUCAAGGCUUUUGGUAUUGCACCCGAUGAGUUCGCCAGAAGGGCAGAAGGCACAGUCGCAGGGGAUCAUCUUAUUGAGGAUCCCGGGGUAAAGCCAGAGGAAUUUGCCGAUCAGCUUGCGGAAGCCCCUGAGACCGGCUUCACUUUGCUCAAAGGUGCGAAGCAGCUCUAUGCACAAGAACUGCAGACCAAUCCACGCCUUCGAAGGUUUAUACGGGGUAGCUUCUACCAGAAUGCUCUGAUCGACUGCAUUCGCACAGACAAGGGCAUGCGCAAAAUCACCGAGGAUCACCCGUACUACGAAUUCAAAUACAUCCGCAAACAGACCUUCCUUGAUCUCUCCGGUCGCCCCGACCUGUUCCUCAAAAUGCUCAAAGCUGAAGAUGAAGGUCUCAUCCAUGUCAAAAUCUGGAUGGGUAAUUACGAUUCCUUCAAACAGAGGCUACACAACCACAUUGUGUCUGACAAUGUUAGCGAGGUCUCGGAGCAGUGGAACUCUCUCCGCAAAGAGCUUCUCGAUGUAGCCGUUGACAAACUGCACAGUGCCAUGGCUAAUAGUGUCAAGGAAACGCUGCGUACCCGCUGCGAAGAGGAGUUGGCAAGCCGGGCUCGAGAAAGCUAUUAUAACAAAUUGGACCAAGCUCCAUAUCGGCCGCGAGGAACGGAGAACGGCUUUAUUCCGAACGUGCUGUGUCUUUCACACGGCAAAGGCCAGCGAGGAGAUGCCAUCAUGUGGGCUUAUAUUCACCAGGACGGGCGGGUCUUGGAGAAUGGCAAGUUUGCAGAAUUCAGGAGAGGCAACCGUGACCGCGGUAUUCCGGAUGGUAACGAUAUCCAGGAGUUUGUCAAGAUUUGCAACCGUCGUCGCCCCGAUGCUAUUGGUGUCAGCGGCUUCUCGGUGGAAACACGCAAGCUGUACAAAGACCUCAAAGACAUCAUACUCGAAAACAAUCUGAUGGGCCCAGAGUACGAAGACCCAGAAGACAACUCGGAGAAGUCAGACCCCUUGGAGGUCAUCAUGGUCAACGACGAAGUUGCACGUCUCUACUACAACAGUGCACGCGCCGCUCUCGAAUUUCCCAAGUACUCGCCACUCACCAGGUACUGCAUUGCUCUUGGUCGAUAUCUCCAAAAUCCCUUGGCCGAAUACGCCUCCCUGGGUAAAGACGUGGUCUCAUUGCCUUUUGUGCCCAACCAAACGCUCAUACCACAAGACAAGCUUCUGGACCGCUUGGAGAGUGCCAUGGUCGACAUGGUCAAUCUUGUAGGUCUGAGUCUGAUAGAUUCAUACGACGACCCCUACAUGUCCAAGCUCCUGCCUUAUGUGUGCGGUUUGGGGCCUCGCAAAGCAGACAGGGUAGUCAAAGCUAUCCAAGCCAAUGGCGACGAGAUUGAGAAACGAUUCGACCUGCUGGGCGUGUCAGAAUCCGAAGACCGCGAACUCAAAGCUGCUAUGGGACCCAAAGUCUUCCAAAAUUGCGCCAGUUUCCUAUGGCUGCAUUUCGAAUCCCACGAAGAGACCUCAGACUACCUGGACAACACGCGUGUGCACCCAGAAGACUACGAUCUGGCGCGCAAGAUGGUCGCCGACGCUAUGAACAUGGAUGAAGAAGAUAUCAAGGCUGAAGUGGACGAGGGUGGACCCAGCGCGAUUGUUCGCAAGAUGGUACGGGAAGACAAGACUGAACUCGUUCAAGACUUGAUUCUUGAAGAUUACGCCUCCGAAAUUGAGAGGAAACUGGGUAGUCGCAAGCGCGCAACCUUGGAGACUAUUCGUGCGGAGUUGUCCGACCCGUACGAGGAGAUUCGGCAGCUGUUUGCCAUUAUGUCGUCUGACGAGGUAUUCACCAUGCUCACUGGGGAAACCAAGGAGUCCCUGGCCGAGGGUAUGGUUGUGCCUGUCACAAUCAAGCGCACAUUCCCAGACCACAUUGAGGUCCGGCUGGAGUGUGGCAUCGAGGGCGGUGUUUCCGAGUCUGAAUUUCCGGAAGGCGUUGGCACUGGUCGCCAAGCACCCCGCGAUGUUUUCCAGCCUCAUCAAACCGUCCGGGCGAGGAUCCUGUUCCUCAAUCACAAAGCUCUUACGGCACAAGUUUCGCUACGUGAAGACCUCAUUCGUCAACCACCUCGUCCCGUCGAUCGUGUCUCUGGUGAGUGGGAUGAGCAGCAGGAGCUGGCCGACAAGAAAGCUGCAGAACGUGAGAAGGAAGUGGCUACUGGCCGUCCCAACCGCGUGGUCAACCACCCACUGUUUUUCCAGUUCAACUCGGCGCAAGCAGAAGAAUAUCUUGGUAGCAAAGAACCUGGUGAGGUGGUUAUUCGCCCUUCGUCCAAGGGUUUCGACCAUCUCGCAGUUACCUGGAAGGUGUCCGACCACGCGUUUCAACACAUUGAUGUGCUUGAGAUGAACAAAGCUAGCGAAUACUCAGUCGGCAAGCAGCUGCGUAUUGGAAAGAACGUGUACUCCGAUUUGGAUGAGUUGAUUGUCAACCACGUCGAAGCCAUGUCCAAGAAGGUCACUGAGAUCAUGAAGGACGAUCGCUUUCAGAAGGGCACCAGGGAGGACACAGAGCAAUGGCUCCAAAACUAUUGUCAAGCCAACCCCGCGCGUCACAUGUACGCCUUCUGCAGCAUUCCCAAGUACCCUGGCCACUUCUGGCUCUGCUUCCAAGCUGGCGACAAGAUGAAGCCCGGUGGGUGGCCCGUCAAGGUCAUUCCCAACGCUUUCCAGAUGCACAACAACGUGUACCCGGACAUGUCAUCUCUCAAGAACGGGUUCAAGCUCAUGUACAAGGCCAAGCAGCAGUCGGCCGCAGCGGCGCGGAAUCCCAUGCCGCGGAGGUAG